GGCGAGGGGUUGAGGAAGGUUGGGGCGGGGGGGAAGGGGGGGGGGGGGGGGGGGAGGGGAGAGCGAGGGAGAGAGAUGGUCGUGGCCGGGGCAAGAUUGGUCACGGACAAGACUGCAUCGGGGGAGGCGCGCAAUGAUAGAGGAGGCACAGAGACAGGAGGAGGGAGGAGGGAGGACGAUGAGGGAGGGAGGGAGGAAGGACGUGGAGAAGGAGGCGGGCGGUUGUUUUGAUAUGGAUGAAGAAGAUGAAGAAGUAGAAGGCGAGGCGGUGGAGGAGAAUGGGGCGGGUUGGAGGCGGCCGCCGCCGACGACGACAACGACAACGACGACGACGACGACGACGACGACGAAGAAGAAGAAGAAGAAGAAGAAGAAGAAGAAGAAGAAGAAGAGGGUGGUGGUAAAGGUGAGGAGGAGUCGGAGAGGGAUGAUCACGAGAAAGGCAUGUGGGCGGGAGGCAGGAGGAGGUUGGGAAGAAGGCGAGCUGAGGGGAGCCGGGUGGAGGGGAGGAGGAUGGAAGGAGGAGGAGAGAUGGAGGGGGACGAGAAGGAAGCGGGUUGGAGAGAGAUGGGAAGACGAAGAUUCUGAAGAAGAAGAAGAAGAGGUGGAGGAGGAAGAGGAGGAGGAGGAGGAGGAGGAGGAGGAGGAGGAGGAGGAGGCAGAGGAGGCGAUGGCGGAGGAGAAAGCCGAAGGCGAGUGGCUGGGAAAGGUGUUUAGGAGGGAGGCAGGAGGGAUGGGAAGAAGAAGAAGAAGAAAAAGAGGAAGAAGAAGAAGAAGAAGAAGAAGAAGAAGAAGAAGAAGAAGAAAUGGUGGAGGAAGAGGAGGAGGAGGCAGAGGCGGCGAUAGCGGAGGAGAAAGCCGAAGGCGAGUGGCUGGGAAAGGUGAUGAUGGCCGACACGUGGCAGGGGAGGUGAGAAAGAGGGAUGCUAUGAAAGCUGAUGACGACAACGCAAAUGCAAAUCCAUGCCAAACGGAUGAGCUUGAACCGACUGCAGGAGAAAGGGAUGAGGUUCAAGGGACGGCAGCUGAGGUAGAUCAUGUUUCGAGAACGGAUAAGGUGCAUGGGAUUACGAGCGAAACGGAUAUGGUUGACUCGAUUGCUGAGGAGACGACGGAUGAGGUUGAAAAGACUUCCGGUGAAUUGGAUAAGGCAGGCAUUGAGAGCAAUGGCCGACCGAUUAGAGACGGGCAAUCAGGGAGGAUGGGAGGUGGAUGGGACAGACCUGUUGUAGAUGAUAGUGCACGUGAAGGAGAUGAGGUUAAGGAUCAGAUAGGCAACGAAGCGGGUAAGAUUCAAUCGGCUGGCAGAGAAACGGAUAAGGUUGAAGGCACUGGAGGCAAAACGGAUAAGGUCGAAGACGCUGAGAAGAAAGUGGAUAAGGCAGGCAUUGAGGAGAAUGGCAAACCACCUAAGGGAGCGGGAGAAGGAGGAAAUAGGGGAGGUGGUGGAGAGGGAGAAGAAGCUGCAGGAGCCGACCAAGAGAAUGCGCGUGCAACAGACGAGGGUGAUGCGGCUGCAGGCGAAGUGGAUAACCUUGAAGCGAUGGCGGAGGAAAUGGAUAAGGCCGAGGAGAACGAAAGCAACAUAGAUAACUUGAUUGCGGAAGAGAGAAGCAAAAAAUGUCAAAUCAGCGGACCAAGAGAGGGGAGGGGGAGGGGAGAGGAUGGGAAUGAAGGGAGUGUACGGGCAACAGACGAGGUUGAUGAAGCGAUUGGCGGGAAGACGGAUAAGGCUGAGGUUGAAGCGAUUGGCGGGAAAACGGAUAAGGCUGAGGUUGGGCAGAAUGGAAGCAGUAUGGAUAAGAUGUUUGCGAUAGAGAGCAGCAAAUGCCAGCUCGUCAUCCAAGUGGAUAAUCUUGAACCAGCGGCAGGCGAAGUGGCUAAGGUUGAACAGGCGGCAGGCGAAGUGGAUAAGGUUGUACCGGCGGCAGGUGAAGUGGAAAAGGUUGAAGCUAUAUUUAGCGAAACGGAUAAGCUCCAGCAGAAUGGAAGCAAUAUGGAUAAGAUGUUUGCGAUAGAGAGCAGCAAAUGCCUUCAGCAGAAUGGAAGCAAUAUGGAUAAGAUGUUUGCGAUAGAGAGCAGCAAAUGCCAGCUUGUUGAACCGGCGGCAGGCGAAGUGGACAAGGUUGAAGCUAUAUUUGGUGAAACGGAUAAGGUUGAGCAGAAUGCAAGCAAUCUGGAUAAGAUGAUUGUGAUAGAGAGCAGCAAAUGCCAGCUCAUCAUCCAAGUGGAUACGGUUGAAGCCGCCACAGGCAAAGUGGAUAAGGUUGAACAGGCGGCAGGCGAAGUGGAUAAGGUUGAACGGGCGGCAGGUGAAGUGGAUAAGGUUGAAGCUAUAUUUAGGGAAACGGAUAAGGUUGAGGAGAAUGGAAGCAAUCUGGAUAAGAUGGUUGCGAUAGAGAGCAGCGAAUGCCAGCUCAUCAUCCAAGUGGCUGAGGUUGAAGUCGCCGCAGGCAAAGUGGAUAAGGUUGAACAGGCGGCAGGCGAAGUGGAUCAGCGUGAAGCGGCAGUAGGCGAAGUGGAUAAGUUUGGAGCUAUAUUUAGCGAAACGGAUAAGCUUCAGCAGAAUGGAAGCGAUAUGGAUAAGAUGUUUACGAUAGAGAGCAGCAAAUGCGAGCUCGUUGAACCGGCGACAGGCAAAGUGGAUCGGUGUGAAGCGGCAGUAGGCGAAGUGGACAAGGUUGAAGCUAUAUUUGGCGAAAUGGAUAAGGUUGAGCAGGAUGGAAGCAAUCUGGAUAAGAUGAUUGCUAUAGCGAGCAGCAAAUGCCAGCCCAUCUUCCAAGUGGAUAAGGUUGAAGCCGCUGCAGGCGAAGACGUGGAUAAGGGCAACAAAUGCCAACUUACCAUAUUAGUGGAUAAGGUUGAAGCCGCCGCAGACAAAGUGGAUAAGGUUGAACCGGCGGCAGGCAAAGUGGAUAAGGUUGAACCCGCGGCAGGCAAAGUGGAUAAUGUUGAACCGGCUGCAGGCGACUCGGAAGUGGAUAAGGUUGAAGCGGCUGCUGUAGGAGAACAGGGCGUUGGGAGUGGGGAUGGUGAUGGACAAGGUAGGGACGUCCGUGAGCACAAUGCAGGCAAACCCGAGCAGCUCGAAGCAGUCUCUGCAUGUAUAAUACCGCAUGCCGGGGAAACGGAUAAGGUUGUUGAAGAGAUUGCAGGCGAAAUGGAUAAGGAGAAGACAGCAAUCAUUGAGGAGGUUAAUGAUUGCCAACCGAGCAGAGAACAACCUGAGCUAGACCAACCGAGCAGAGAACAGCCUGAGAGGAAGAGGAAAAAGGCAGCCGAGGAUGCUCUUAAUGAAGAGAUUGCAAGGGAAAUGGAUAAGGAGAAGACAGCAAUCAUUGAGGAUGUUAAUGAUUGCCGACCGAGCAGAGAACAGCCUGAGAGGAAGAGGAAAAAGGCAGCCGAAGAUGCUCUUAAUGACUCUCCACGUGGAAGGGAUAAUGUAGCUCUUCAAGAGACUCUGGUGGAUAGAGAGGAUAAGACAACGAUUAAUCCAACGGAUAAGGUAAAUGUUGACGUAUCUAACGACGGCCAAGUUGACGUCGACGAGCAAUCCAGUGGAGGACAGCAGAUCAGAGGUGGUAGUAAAGAUGGGAGGCGGGGGAAGACUGAACAAGUCACUGAAGGUAGCUACUGCAGUGCAUUACACGAAGUGGAUAAGGUACUAAUCGCCGUUAAAGAGCCUGCAUGUGAAACCAAUAAGACAAGUGCUGACGUGAACAAUGACCAGUCGAUCGAGGCACAGUCCGACAGGCUAGAAUCUGGAAGGGGAGGCGGAACAGGGAGAGCCGUUGACGACAACCAGAUGUGUGGAACUGGGAGGGGGUGGGUAAGGCUUGAAGAGGCUGCAUGCAAAACAGAGAGACCGGAUAAGGCUGCAUGCAAAACGGAUAAGGCUGCAUGCGAAACGGAUAAGGCUGCAUGCAAAAUGGAUAAGGCUGCAUGUGAAAGAGAGAGACCGGGACGGGCCGUCGAGAGCAGUGAUUGCAGAAAAAUUGGAGGAGGGUCUGACAAUAAGGAAGAGGCUGAAAGGGGAGAAGCUGGAGGAGAAGCCAAGCACCGUUUGCAUGGAACAGCCUUAUCCGCUUCACUUGCAGAUAUGGAUAAGGAUGAGGGGGUUAAGGAGAUUGCAAGUGAAACGGCUAAGGUAUUUUUCGUUAAGAGUCAUGACGUUGACAGCCAGCAGGCCGCUAAGAGCCAGCAUGCCAUUAACAGCCUCCAUGGCGUCAAGGGCGAUGGGAGUGAAGACAGCGGAGAGCGAUUGGGAGAGAAGGGAGGUGGUGGAAUGGACAAAGCGUUUCGUCACGACAAACUAGGCGAAAUGGACCAGGUUCACGUGCCAGCAGGCAGCACGGAUAAGCUUGCCGUCGAGGGCAUGGAGCAACCCACAGGAGUAGUAAGAGGAGGAGGAGGAGGGGGAGGAGGAGGGGGAGGAGGAGGACAGUUGGGCAGAAACCAAUCUGGUGAGAGGGGCAAAGCUGGAAGAGCCGUUGAAUAUCAUUCAGUCGAACGAGCGAGGGUAACCCUUAGAGAGACUGCACAUCGUGGAGUGGAGAAGGUAGGUGGUGAGAGCAAGAGAAGCAAGCGAAGAGGAGCAUGGCCUGGCAAGAUGGAACCUGGAAGGGAGAAGGAGGCUAGGAGAUCUGUGAAAGGACGUUCAUCGUGUGAAAUGGAUAAGGCAAAUGCCGAAGAGACUGAUUGUGGAACGGAUAAGGUAAUUGAUAAGUUACGGGAUAAGGUAACGGUACUAACGGAUAAGAUAAGGGAUAAGGUAACCGCUGAGAGCAGUGGCAGCAAGACAAGUGGAGGAAAAUCCAGCACCAGGGGAGCUGCUAGGGGAAAAAACGCGGGAAGAGUCGUUGAAGACCGCCAUUCAUCCGAAACGGAUAAGGUAUUCGAAACGGAUAAGGCAAUUAUGCAAGAGACUGAUGGUGGAAGGGAUAACGCAAACACGGAGAGAAAAGAGAGAAAACAAAGCGGAGGACAGUUCGGCAGCAGGGGAGCAGAGAGAGAACCACGUGAAAGAGCCGUUGAGGAUCAUUUACGUGAAGCAGAUAAGGAUAAGGUUAAGGAUAAGGUUAAGGAUAAGGUUAAGGAUAAGGUAAUGGUUGAAAAGAGCGCAGGUGCAACGAAUGAGAAACCCGUCGUCGAAACCAAAUGUAGCAAACCAAGUGGAGGACAAUUUGGAAGCAAGGGAAGUGGAAGGGGAAAAUGCGGGAGGUCUGUUGAAGACCAUUCAUGUGAAAUGGAUAAGGUCAGUAUGGAGAGGACGGCAAGCAGAACAGAAAAGAGAAGCAUAACGGUUGGAAACAACGGGAGCAAACAAAGCGGAGGACAGGCCGGCGGCAAGGCAAGUGGGAGGGGCAAAUCUGGAAGAGCAGUUGAAGAACAUUCACCUGAGAUGGAUAAGGAAAGUGUCGAAGCGACUGUAGACGGAACGGAUAAGGUAACGGAUAAGGUAACAGAAAAGUUAACCGACAAGGUAACAGAAUUGGUAGCCCCUGAGAGUAAUGGGAGCAAGCAGAGCGGAGGACAGUUGAGCAGCAAGGGAUCUAAACGGACUGGAUCCCAAAGAGCUAUAGAAGAACAUUCACACGAGAUGGUUAAGUUAAGCUUUGAAGCGACGGGAGGUGGAACGGAUAAACUAUCGGAUAAGGUAACGAUUGAGAGCAACGACAUCAAAGAAAAUGCUGGACCGUUAAGCAGCAGCAGCAGAGGACCGACGAGGGGAAAAGCCGCAGGAAAGAAGAGGGAGAGAUCUCUGGACUGUGGGGAGGAGGAACUAAACUUGGAGAGGUUAUGCUUCGAAGCGACUGCAGGCCGAACGGAUAAGGUAACGAAGGUAACGGAUAAGGUAAUGGAUAAGAUAAAGAUGGAGAGCAACGAUAGCAAGCUAAAUGCUGGAACGUCGAACAGCAGCAAAGGACCGACGAGGGGGAAAGGUGCAGGAAAGAAGAGGGAGAGGUCUGUGGAAGAUAGGGAGGAAGAGGAUGCGGCUGAGGUGAAGGAGAAGAAGAAGGUACGGAGGAAGACGAAAGGGAAAGAAAUGGUGAUGGCAAAGGACUUUGAGCACGAAAUGCUGAGAAGGGGUCCUUGCGGGGGUCAAGGUAUUCCAAUUCUUGAGAACGGAUUGAUUUGGGCGGCCAUCAACGGGCUUUUUUGUCGUGCUUCUAUGGAUGACAGCGCUACACAGUGCAUCAUUCGUGAGCAAUUCGCAAAGGAUAUGAGGCUAAAUGUGGACCACAUUCACCCUCGUAAUGUGCCCUGGCUUAAUGGAGCGACCAUCAGGUGUAUGGGACGGGUACACAACGCUUCGAUCACGGUCGGCAAGACGCGAUCUGUCGUCGAUUGCUUUGUGUCUAAGGUACUUAAUGAUGAGAAAAGCUACGGCGUAGAUCUAGUCUUGGGUCGUUCCUGGGAAGAUGUAGUGCAGAUGCUGUCAGCUUCUAUCACCAGUCCGAUGUCGUGGAGGAAUAUCCGAGAUCCUGUGACUGGAGACGAAGAGACAUUCUUGCUGUGCGGCGCAUAUUAUCCCGAACCAAUACCCUGGGAAUUGUUUGAGAAGGAUAGAGAAGAAAUGGCGACCCACUUUAAGAAGAAGAGGGCAAAACGGGCUGCUCGAGACGGUUCCAGGGGUCUUUGGGGGAUUUCUGCAACUGGUCAUCGGUAGUGCUUCUUGGAGUUGGCUACGAGGGUUGCUCACCGAUUGACCGAUUGACUCGCCGACCGGGCCGACUGAUAGGAACGAAUGGCUGCAAGGUCA